CUAGAGGACACCUCGCAUCAUAACAACGCAUAUAAAAUCUAAAAUAGUAUCUUAAUAAGCACUACACGCUAUUGAGUCGCGGGAUGCAUAACAACAUUAUAGUUGUAUAAGAGACAGUUCAGAACAGAGCAGCCUAAAAGAGCUGCUGUCAUCGGUUCUUAACAUUUGAAACUAUUUACCUUUUAUUGCUUUUUUGAAAAUAUAUUUUAUCAUAGAGUUUAAUUAUAGCAAUUGCACUUAUGGACACCAUUCUGGACAAUUUCGCCCCGGAUAAACUUUUCCCCAGUGCCAACCUGUUGGACCUUGAGGAUUUGAAUGAAGGGGAUUUUCUCAACAAUGUGCACUUCUCGGAGCAGAUGGAGGACUUCUCCAACGAGCUGUUCAGCAGCUUCUUUGAUGACCACCUCCUGGCCGACAGGAACCCACUGUUGGACAUGGAGAUGGACCCACCCAACCCUGACAUCCAGCAAGAACACAGCUACUCCUUGAGCGGAGACUCGGCCCCCCAGAGCCCCUCCAUGUCCAUCAAAAUAGACGAGGAAGCAGAGUUUGAAGGAAUGUGGUCUUUCAGCCAGGACCUGACGGCCAUCCUGGUAAAGCAGGAGCCUGAUCAACGGGCAGAGCCUUCCUCUACAGUCCCCUCCAUGGGGAACUCAUGCUUCCAGCCUCUCAACCUCGCCCCACCACCUCACAGGAGCUCAUCGGGGGAUAUAUGCUCCAAAGAGUUGAACCUCAACCCCACACCUGCAAUCAAAGAUGAACCCAGAGAGGUCAACCAGUUCCUCAACAUUCCUUCAGAUGAUCAGCUGCAGCUCCCCCCCACCCCUCCCAGCAGCCAUGGCAGUGACAGUGAUGGAUCCCAGAGCCCCCGCUCCAUACCCCCUUCCAGCCCAGCCCGCCUACAGGCCCGCUCCUCCGCUGCCAUAUCCUCCUCACCCCUCCUUACCGCCCCACACAAGCUACAGGGCACUUCAGGGCCACUGAUGCUGACAGAGGAGGAGAAACGCACCCUGAUUGCUGAAGGUUACCCCGUACCCAACAAGCUGCCCCUCACCAAGACUGAGGAGAAGGCACUAAAGAGGGUGCGCAGGAAAAUCAAAAAUAAGAUAUCUGCCCAGGAGAGUCGCAGGAAGAAGAAGGAGUACGUGGAGUGCCUGGAGAAAAAGGUGGAGAACUACACGUCUGAGAACAGUGACCUGUGGAAGAAGGUGGAGACACUGGAGAGUGCCAACAGAACUCUACUCCAGCAGCUCCAGAAACUCCAGGCCCUGGUGACAGGAAAAGUGCCCCAAUCCUGCAAGAUGGCCUCCACGCAAACAGGAACAUGUCUUAUGGUGGUGGCGCUGUGCUUUUUCCUGGUGCUGGGCUCCAUUGUGCCUUGUCUGCCUGAGCUCUCCUCCCUGUCCCAUACUGUGAAGUCCUCCUCGCCCCUCCCCUCGGCUGACGUCUACACAGCCAGCCAGGUCCGCUCCCGCAGCCUACUCUUCUACGACGAGAACUCCUCGUUGGAGGACGGUCACGGGGGCUUCCUGAAGAUGGAGGGGGACGGCUCGGAGGGGGCGCCCCUCGACUACAACGAGGACCGGUCGGCACGUGACAGCCACGGGGGCGAACACGAGAACACCAAGUACCUCAACAAGGCUCACUCCGACCCGGUGGACUACAACAGGACCGGCGCCCAGUUCCUCCAAGAAGAGCCGCAGUACCACAAAAUAGAGCCAAACCCCGAAGGAGGAGCGGAGUACUUUUAACCUUUUGGGGCAGAGCUGCCAAAAACACACAGCUCUCCAGACUCCUUACCCAUGUGGAUGUGUAGUGACACUACGGCGCCCCCUAGUGUGCCAUCCCCAACCCACCUCUCCCUGCACUCCCUGACCUCCUGCAGUAGCUCCCUGGCCUUCCUGUUCCAUCUCAUUCCCUGAAGUUCCAACCGGUAGAGAGGAUGAAGAGGGUAUGUGAAGAAGAUAGAAAUUAUGGGCAACUGCAAACAAAGCUCCACAGAAACUUUUCAUCUUUGACUGCUGUGCUUGACUGGAGGCAGAAGCAGGGAGUGAGAGGGGCUUUUUGAAACCUCUGUGUGCAAUGUGUGUCUGCCUGCACUUUCAAGUGGGUGAGUGUGGUUGCAGUGCUUCUGUGCAGAGGAAGUGCUCCUCAGAUUCCACCACACUGUUGCUUUUUCAAGGACUGCUAAAAAUAUUUAGAACACAGGAGGUUGUCCUGUUAUAGAAAUUCCCUCUCCUAAUUCACAAUUGGUAAUGCAAUUAUUUUAAUACAUACAUUUCAAAGAUUGUCCUCCCAUUACCUUUCGCUUAAAAUGCGCUCUAGUGCCUAGAAUUAUACAUCUUUCAAUGGCAUUUAUUUGACAUUUGACCACAUUUUGUCCCAUAAUGUUUAAGCUUGUAUAUGCAUUGCACUUUUUUGUCUUCAGGUUGACCUUGCAAGCUAAUGGGCAUAAGUGCCUUCAAACUCUUUCAGUUUUGUAUUCUCACACCAUCCACAUGGGGUUGUUCAUUUUGAUUAUUUUACUCUUUAUGCAAUCUAAAUCAUAUGUAAUAUAUACGUAUUAUUGGCAUCAAAAAAUGAGCAUAUUUAUUUUAUGCAAAAAAAUAUAGUGAACUUUUCUUUUUACGAAUAUCAAUUAUGAGGUCAUGUUUACAUGAUCUUGUUGUCUUAACUGUUACACAGUUUGUCUGUUUUUGUAUUUAUUUCUGUAUCAAGAAAGUUUUGUAUAUAUUGAAAAAACGUGAACAGGGACAAUCAGUGUAAAUACAUACCAAGGGUGUACAAUACUCCCUCACUGGAGCAAAGCCUUCUCUAGUCCAAGAGACUCUGAAAAACUGCUCAUAUUUACAAAAAUCUUAGUCAGGGGAAUACAUUUCCUCCACAAUUUAAAAAAAUUAAUUAAUAUCAUAAUUAUGUUAAAAAGUCCAUUCAGGCCUAAUGUCUUUGUGAAUGUGAAAAUAGAGUAUAUUUUAAAUUGAAUAUCAAACUUCAGAAUCCUCUGGGGG